GAAAAACGAUAAAACAAAGAAAUUCAAACGCACGCAUAUUACUUAUCAAUUGUUUGUUUGAUGUAUGAACACAUCAAGCUGUUUUUCAAUGUCUAUACGCAUAGAAGUAAAGAAAAUUGGGCAAAGGGUUGUUCUUCAAAGAAAUAUUAUAAUGAAGCUCCACAACAAACCAGUUGGAAGAAACCCAGGUUAUAAGGAGGCUGUAGAAGCUUUGAAUUCGUUACAAACAAAUGCUCAACUUUUACAAAAAUUACGAGCCAACAAGACACUUGGACAGGAAAAUAAUGUUAUCAGAACAAAAAAAUAUCUUGAAAGAUCAGGGGUAAGUUUGGACAAGCUGGACCGUGAGCUGUCCGUGAUCCAUGUAUCUGGCACCAAGGGGAAGGGAUCCACCUGUGUUAUGUGUGAAGCCAUCCUCCGUCAGAUGGGCUACAAGACAGGCUUCUUCUCCUCUCCGCACUUGGUGGCCGUCCGCGAGCGCAUCCGCAUCAACCAGGCACCGCUGUCUGAGACGGAGUUCACCAAACACUUCUGGACAGUGUAUAACAAGCUUGCUGCCGCUAAGGAUGAUGAACAUGAUAUGCCAUCCUAUUUCAAGUUCCUCACAGUAAUGGCUUUUAACGUUUUUCUCACGGAGAAAGUCGAUGUGGCUAUCAUCGAAGUUGGAAUUGGCGGAGAAUAUGACUGUACCAAUGUUUUCAAGAGACCAGCAGUGGUGGGGAUAUCUUCGCUUGGACUAGACCAUACGAGCCUUCUGGGCUCCACCAUAGAAGAUAUUGCUUGGCAGAAAGGAGGAAUCAUGAAGCCGGGCACUCUGGCAUUCACCAGUCCGCAGCCCCCUUCCGCUGCAACCGUGCUGCACCAGCGAGCUGUCGAGAGGAAGUGUCCACUGUGGGAGGUGCCACCACUCAGCACCUAUGACUGGCAAGGACAGGAGAUGAGUGUGGGACUGAGAGGGAGAGUUCAACAGAUCAAUGCAUCACUGGCUCUAUACACCUACGACUGGCAAGGACAGGAGAUGAGUUGUCCACUGUGGGAGGUGCCACCACUCAGCACCUAUGACUGGCAAGGACAGGAGAUGAGUUGUCCACUGUGGGAGGUGCCACCACUCAGCACCUAUGACUGGCAAGGACAGGAGAUGAGUUGUCCACUGUGGGAGGUGCCACCACUCAGCACCUACGACUGGCAAGGACAGGAGAUGAGUUGUCCACUGUGGGAGGUGCCACCACUCAGCACCUACGACUGGCAAGGACAGGAGAUGAGUUGUCCACUGUGGGAGGUGCCACCACUCAGCACCUAUGACUGGCAAGGACAGGAGAUGAGUUGUCCACUGUGGGAGGUGCCACCACUCAGCACCUAUGACUGGCAAGGACAGGAGAUGAGUUGUCCACUGUGGGAGGUGCCACCACUCAGCACCUAUGACUGGCAAGGACAGGAGAUGAGUUGUCCACUGUGGGAGGUGCCACCACUCAGCACCUAUGACUGGCAAGGACAGGAGAUGAGUUGUCCACUGUGGGAGGUGCCACCACUCAGCACCUAUGACUGGCAAGGACAGGAGAUGAGUUGUCCACUGUGGGAGGUGCCACCACUCAGCACCUAUGACUGGCAAGGACAGGAGAUGAGUUGUCCACUGUGGGAGGUGCCACCACUCAGCACCUAUGACUGGCAAGGACAGGAGAUGAGUUGUCCACUGUGGGAGGUGCCACCACUCAGCACCUAUGACUGGCAAGGACAGGAGAUGAGUUGUCCACUGUGGGAGGUGCCACCACUCAGCACCUAUGACUGGCAAGGACAGGAGAUGAGUGUGGGACUGAGAGGGCGAGUUCAACAGAUCAAUGCAUCACUGGCUCUGCAGCUAGCUAAUGCUUGGCAGAACAGAAACGUGUUUGACAAAAGUAAAGCUGGCUAUGUGGGUGUGGCCAAGGCAUUCCCAGUCAGCCAUCCAGUGGCAGAGGGGCUGAAACACUGUUCAUGGCCGGGCCGAUACCAGAUACUGACGAGGAAGUCUAUCCACGGCACUUGCACUUACUACCUGGACGGGGCUCACACCAUGGAGAGCAUAGAACUGUGUGCUCAGUGGUUUCAUCAAGCAACCAAUAAUAUUGUUUCUAGGGGUGAGUGCCGCCACACCCUCAUCUACAAUGUAACGGGUGACAGAGAUGCCUCGGAGCUGUUGUCUCCUCUUGUCUCUUGUCACUUUGACAGUGCCUUGUUCUGUCCCAAUGUUCUCUCCUGUGACACCAAGGCUGCAGAUUUGACCAAUCACAUGGUUACGUCAAGACAGCAGCUGGACCGAUGUGAGGAGAACAAGAAAACUUGGCUGGGUCUUGAGAGACAAACCAAUGUCUUUGCUAAUGAGGUAAAGACUUUUGGAUCAGUGGCAGCCACAUUGAAGCACAUCGAGAGUCAGCCGGGAGACCAUCAAGUGUUGGUGACGGGCUCACUGCACCUCAUAGGAACAGUUCUGAGUGCUCUAGACCCAGACUUGAACAGCUUCUCUGCACAACCCAUCAGAUAACGGGUCUAUCUCAACAUAGGAACAAGCAUGUUUGCUUAUCAAAACUUUGGUAAGGAAUUAUCUUUUCCUACAGUUACCUAACAAUGUACAUGUUCUCUCACUGAUUUGAGAAAGCAAAGU